AUGGCAGACGAAGCAAACAAAGCAUUAGUAAUAGAUAAUGGAUCUGGAAUGUGUAAGGCAGGAUUCUCAGGAGAUGAUGGUCCAAGAGCUGUUUUUGCAAGUAUAAUAGGUAAACCAAGGCACCAGGGUGUUAUGGUUGGUAUGGGACAGAAAGAGUCUUAUGUAGGAGAAGAGGCACAGACCAGAAGAGGUAUCCUUACACUUAAGUACCCCAUUGAACACGGGAUAGUGAAUGACUGGGAUGCAAUGGAGAAGAUCUGGCACCAUACAUUCUACAAUGAGUUAAGAGUGGCCCCAGAAGAGCACCCAGUGCUAAUGACUGAGGCACCACUUAACCCAAAGUUAAACAGAGAGAAGAUGACUCAGAUUAUGUUUGAAACUUUCAACUGCCCAUCCUUCUACGUGGCCAUACAGGCAGUCCUCUCACUUUACUCUAGUGGAAGGACCACCGGUAUUGUACUGGACUCUGGUGAUGGUGUAACCCACACUGUGCCCAUUUAUGAAGGAUAUUCAUUACCACACGCUAUUUCUAGACUGGAUCUGGCAGGGAGGGAUCUGACUGACUACCUCAUGAGAAUCCUUACUGAGAAGGGGUACACAUUCACUACAACAGCUGAAAGAGAAAUAGUCAGAAGCAUAAAGGAGUCACUCUGCUACGUGGCACCAAACUUUGAUGCAGAAAUGGCAAAGACAUCCAGUGAGCUUGAGAAGAGUUAUGAACUGCCAGAUGGCCAGAAUAUCACCAUUGGUAAUGAAAGGUUCAGAGCACCUGAAGCACUCUUCCAGCCAGCAUUUAUGGGACUGGAGACUGUCGGUAUCCAUGAGACAUGCUUUAACUCAAUCAUGAAGUGUGACGUGGAUAUAAGAAAGGACCUUUACUCAAAUAUUGUUCUCUCUGGUGGUACUACGCUUUACCAGGGCAUGCCUGACAGAAUGCAGGAUGAAAUCUCUAAAUUGGCCCCUGCCUCCAUGAAGGUGAAGGUGGUGGCUAACCCUGAGAGGAAGUACAGCGUAUGGAUUGGUGGAUCAAUUUUAGCAUCACUCGGUACGUUCCAACAAAUGUGGAUCAGUAAGGCUGAGUAUGAUGAGUGCGGUCCUUCUGUGGUCCACAGAAAAUGCUUUUAA